AGAAAGUCUAUGGCAGUGUGGAAUUCAACCUGAGAGCAAGGUUCUCCCCUGUUCCCGAGACAACUGUACAGCUUACUGCGAGGAAGAGAUGCUGUUUUGAAGCUCCCUUACCCCGGGUCUUUGAUGUAUUUGGAGCAGUUGUCUCUUUAGCAGCAGCCUCUGCGCAGAUACUUCAAACAAAAUUAUGGAGCCUCAAAGUCAGAAUUUGAAGACAGCACCAUCUUUGACUUUAGGAAGAUUUCAUAUUUCUGAAGAUUAUGGCUUUCUUCUUCCAAAUCCUCUGAAAGAGCUCCCUGAUCACUAUAGACCUUGGAUGGAAAUUGCCAACCGACUGCCUCACUUGAUUGGGAGUCACCAGCUUCGAGCUCAAGUGAACGAGAUGCCCCUCUUGAACUGCCAGUUCCUCACGGGUUACCGGGAACAGCGGCUGGCACACCUGGUCCUAUCCUUUAUUACCAUGGGAUAUGUCUGGCAGGAUGGAGAGGCACAGCCCAAAGAGGUUCUGCCGAGAACCCUUGCCCUUCCCUUGGUCGAGGUCUCCAGGAACUUGGGGCUCCCUCCUAUCCUGCUUCACUCGGACGUGGUUCUGGCCAACUGGGCUACUAGGAACCCAGGAAGGAAAAAUCCAGGCUUUGUCAGCUAUUUUGUGAUUAGAGAUGUUCAUAUUUAUUACCCGAUUUAUGGUGCCAAAGAAGGGGUGAACUUGAACACAAGUUCAAAAAUCACAGUUCCCAGGAGCUUCCUCUCAACCCACUCUGAAAACAUUGGGGCAGACCCCUGGAAAUCAGGGGGAGAAAGCCUGCGUGGUUUUAUACUGGUGACUGUUUUGGUGGAGAAAGCAGCUGUACCCGGGAUUAAGGCCCUUGUUCAGGCGGUGAAUGCCGUCUUGCUGCCCAGCCCAGACUCCCUGCUCCAAGCCCUGCAGCAGCUGAGGCUCUCCAUUCAGGACAUCACCAGAUCCUUGGGACAAAUGCAUGUGGUGUUCUGGAACCUUUCGCUGGACUCCUGGACUUCCACAAAGGCUGUCUUAUCCACGGAUUAUGUAGAUCCAGACAUAUUUUACGCAGUCAUCCGGAUCUUCUUCUCUGGCUGGAAGGAUAACCCAGCAAUGCCUGCGGGGUUGUUAUAUGAAGGCGUCUCCAAAGAGCCCCUGCAUUACUCCGGUGCGAGCGCUGCUCAGAGCACAGUGCUGCAUGCCUUUGAUGAAUUCUUGGGUGUUCGUCACAGCAAGGAAAGCGCUGAUUUUCUGCACAGAAUGAGGGAUUACAUGCCUCCUUCCCAUAGGGCCUUCAUAGAAGAAAUUCACUCCGCUCCUUCCCUGAGGGACCACAUCCUGUCCUCUGGAAACAGCCAGCUUCUGACAGCCUAUAACCAGUGCGUGGAGGCCCUGGCAGCCCUGCGCAGCUACCACCUCGCCAUGGUGACCAAGUACCUCAUCACGGCCGCACCCAAAGCAAAAGGCAGGAAGACGAGCCAUCUCCCGGGGCCACCUCAGGCCUUAGAAGAGAGGGGCACAGGCGGAACAGCAGUCGUGAGAUUCCUGAAGAGUGUCAGGGAUAAGACCAUAGAGGCGAUUCUCCACCAAAGUGGCUAAGAGACUGCCCUUCUCCCCAGCAAUGCAAACAGGUCUUUCCUUAUCCUCCUUUCAUUGGACAGCAGGUGGGCCUGGAGAAUGAGGACGAGGGUUCUGUCUGGAAUAAUCUGAAAGGGACCUCAGACCUGUUCAUGUUCUCGCUGCACAGAGCACCACCUUCUCCUAUGUUGAGAGAAUUUUCAUGGCCAGGAACUUGUCUUUCCCUCCCUGAUCACUGGGUAAUAGCAAACAGGUCUGGAGAGCCCCUCAUUCAGAACCCCACGGAGGAGUGAGUGUACCCCUAUUCUAGAAAACCAACAUAAUUUCACAAAUCAAAGAAAAUUGCUUGUGGACAGAUCACCUUGCUGAUUUCUCAAAAAAAAAUUUUUUUUUAAAUUCCUGCAUUCGUUGGUUCACUUACUGACUUAUUCAGCCCAUACUGAGUCCUGGCUUAGGGGUUACAGCAGGGAUUUUACAGUCCUCUCUCCCCACGUGUGCAGAAUUUGGGGGCAGAAGUUUGGAGAUGCUCCAGUGGAGAUGUGAAGGGAAGGGGCAGCUGAUGGUAAGACUCUGAAAUCACCAGUGUGGAAACGAGAAGUUAAUGAUAUGGGAACGGGUGAGGCUUAGCCACAAAGUUCAGAAAUUUGUACUUUCUAUUUUGGUUUCUUUCUUUCUUUUUAGAAGAAUGAUUCUUUCUCCUUACGCUGAAAGUUUGUAUUUGUAAAAUGAAUGAACCCUUUGGAAGUAAAUGAGUGAAAUGGGAAUACAUGGGAAAUCCACAUGUGUCGUGUGCAAAUAAAUGUCACUUCUUAUUGA